ACAACAGCACCACACACCCGGCCGGAUAGUGAGGAAACUCCCCAGCGGAGUAUUUAACUACAGAGGUUUCCUUCAGACCGGUAUUUGGUCAAAUAGCGUAUGUUUGUUCGCUAAAUGAAGACUGAGACAAAAGCCCGAAGACCCACACAGGUUGCCCGCAUCCCCCCAGACUCCUGCGUGGCCCUCCAGACGAGCGCAGCUUGCCACAAAGCGGCGGUACCUCCGGUUUAGUGAACAUAAUCCUGUUGCUGAUAUUGUGGGUUCAACAUUUGUUGGUUUAAACGCUUCAUAUGACUUCUGGUUAUUAUUUUCAGUGCAAAUAGUUAUUGAAUGACUGCCAAUUGUCGGUUUUGAAUUCCUAAGGUCGUUAUAUUGCAGUUUGUUUCCGUAGCCUAAAGAGGCACGAGAGAUCACAAAGGUGGCUAAUGUUAGCGACUAGCUCGCGACACAAACGAGUUCCAUCUCCAUACGUAACUUCGAAAGGUCGUUCGGUGUGCUUACACGGGACUAUUCGCAUUAAGCAGCAGGACACACAUUUGUAACGGGGAGCCAAAUACUAUUUGCCUAGUUAGUUGGCUAUCUUGCUGGACAGGCCAGCUUCCUUGUAUCAAAUAACAAAUGGGCUAGUGUUAGCUAACGCUGACUGAGCUGCAUUUAAUAUUGUCGCACAAGUAAGGAAAUGAAGACGUUCAUUUAAUUUAGUAGUAUUUUUAUAUUAUCAGUAUGAUGGCAUUUUAAUGAGAAUUGACUUUAAGCUAACAAUCAAGUUAGAUAACUUUAGUUAUUAUAUUUGUAUGUAUCAAUCACAUUUUAGUUUGAUUUGAGUCGCUGAGAGCCAACGAAAAGGACUGGAGUUGGGAUGUCAAUUGACGAUCGGAAUUAAUUCUGUCCCUGGUUUUAACCGGAUUUUUGGCCUCUUUGGAUCGACGUGGGAGCAGCGGGAUUUCGACGUCCACUCUUAUCUGUCACUGUCGAUAUUUUUUCCUCUCCCUCCUCCCCCACAACCGUUCCCCGUUUCUUUCUCCGAUGCGGAUUGUUGAGUAGCACCGGCAAUCAAAUCAAUACGGCAGCCGGACAUGCUGAAGUGUAUCCCUUUGUGGCGCUGUAACCGCCACGUCGAGUCGGUGGACAAGCGACAUUGCAAUUUGCAAAAUGUCCCCGACGAGAUAUUCCGCUACAGCCGCAGUCUGGAAGAGCUUCUCCUCGACGCCAACCAACUCAGAGAUUUACCCAAGCCUUUCUUUAGACUUCUGAACCUGCGGAAGCUGGGCCUGAGUGACAAUGAGAUCCAGAGGCUCCCUCCUGAGGUGGCCAACUUCAUGCAGCUGGUGGAGCUCGACAUCUCCAGAAACGACAUUCCUGAGAUCCCCGAGAGCAUUAAGUUCUGCAAGGCGUUGGAGAUUGCAGACUUCAGUGGAAACCCCCUCUCCAGGUUGCCUGAUGGUUUCACUCAGCUGCGAGGGCUCGCCCACCUGGCCCUCAACGACGUGUCACUGCAGACACUGCCCAACGACAUAGGAAACCUGGCCAACCUGGUGACGCUGGAGCUCAGGGAGAACCUGCUCAAGUCCCUGCCCACGUCGCUCUCUUUCCUGGUGAAACUGGAACAGCUGGACCUGGGCAGCAAUGAACUGGAAGUAUUGCCAGACACACUUGGUGCUCUCCCUAAGCUACGGGAGCUGUGGUUGGACCGUAACCAGCUCUCCUCAUUGCCACCAGAGCUGGGGAACCUGCGGAGGCUGGUGUGUCUGGACAUGUCAGAGAACCGCCUGGAGGAGUUGCCCUCGGAGCUGAGCGGCCUGCUGGCCCUCACUGACCUGCUGCUCACACAAAACCUCCUGGAGGUGGUCCCUGACAGCAUAGGCUCUCUGAAGCAGCUGUCCAUCUUGAAAGUGGACCAGAACCGACUGACCCACCUGAGCGACUCCAUAGGAGAGUGUGAGAACCUGACGGAGCUCGUGCUGACCGAGAACCUCUUACAGACUCUGCCUCGCUCGCUGGGCAAGCUGAAGAAGCUGACCAACCUGAAUGCGGACCGCAACCGGCUGGGCAGCGUGCCCGAUGAGCUGGGCGGCUGCGCCAGCCUCAACGUGCUCUCCCUCAGGGACAACCGUGUGGCCAAGCUGCCUGCUCAACUGGCCGACGCCACCGAGCUCCACGUGCUAGACGUGGCAGGGAACAGGUUACAGAACCUCCCGUUUGCCCUGGCCAACCUCAACCUGAAGGCCAUGUGGCUGGCAGAGAACCAGUCCCAGCCCAUGCUCAAGUUCCAGACGGAGGAUGAGGAGAACACCGGGGAGAAGGUGCUCACCUGCUACCUGCUACCCCAGCAGCCUUCCUCUAGCCUGGAGAACCUGCUCCAGAACAGUGUAGACGACAGCUGGACAGACAGCAAUCUGAACCGCGUGUCAGUCAUCCAGUUCCAGGAGGAGACCACCAAGCAGGAGGCGGAGGACGACGAGGCGGCCGCGGAGCGCAGGGGUCUCCAGCGGCGGGCGACACCACACCACAGUGAGCUGAAAGUGAUGAAGAAAGGGAUUGAGGAGAGGAGGAAUGAGGCCUACACUUCCAGAGCUGAUGGAGAGACGGAGUCCCCUGGUGCUGAGGAGAAGCGGCUGAGCGAUCUGUCCAAUCAGAGCCACGACUCUGCGGCGUCCAACAGCACGGCCUCGGCCAACUCCCACGAAGAGAGGCGGGGCCUGAUGACCACAGACCUGGUGGGUGGGCGUGGGCCCCAGGAGGAGGAGGAGCUAGAUGAGAUGGAGGUGGAGUACGUAGAGCCCACGGUGCACUUUGCAGAGGAGCCUGUGUACCGGGGUGGGGACGAGAAUGGUGACGAUGAGGAGGGCGAGGAUGGUGUCCCACACAGCUACGAAGAGGAACAACAGAGGCCCCAGUUCCCCACGGAGAAGCAGCGUCUGAUCAGGAAGGACACGCCGCACUACAAGAAGAACUUCAAGAUCACCAAGCUGCCAAAACCCGAGGCGGUGGCCGCGUUACUGCAGGGCUUCAGCCCCGACGCUCACCUGGCCCAACACCCCGCCUCGCACCACACUGCCCCUGAGGAGGAGGAGGAGGAGGAGGAGGAGGAGGAGGAGGAGGAAGGGGAGGAGUGUAUGGUAACUCCACAGCGCCACAACAGGAUAGAAGAGCCAGAGCUGGAGGAUAGGAGUCUGCUUCAUGCCAACUCCUCCCUGCAGCCGGUCAAGGGGGUGUCAUUUGAUCAAGUCAAUAAUCUGCUGAUUGAGCCUGCUCGAAUUGAGGAGGAAGAGCACAACCUGACCAUUCUACGGCAAACUGGGGGUCUGGGCAUCAGCAUAGCCGGAGGAAAGGGAUCCACACCCUACAAGGGGGAUGAUGAGGGCAUCUUCAUCUCCAGGGUGUCUGAGGACGGACCUGCGGCCCGGGCUGGGGUCAAAGUGGGAGACAAACUCCUCGAGGUGAACGGCGUGGCCCUCCAGGGGGCGGAGCACCACACGGCGGUGGAAGCCCUGCGCAGCUCGGGCACCGCCGUCUCCAUGAGCGUCAUCCGGGAGCACAUGGUGGAGCCGGAGAACGCCAUCACCACCACGCCGCUGAGGCCCGAGGACGACUACUUCCCCCGGGAGAGACGGGCCAGCGGGCUGCCCUUCUGCAUGGAGGCCAGCUCCCCCGCAGGCCCCCGACACAGGCGGUCUGCCUGCCUGGUCCGCAACGACAAGGGCCUGGGCUUCAGCAUCGCCGGGGGCAAGGGUUCCACAGCUUACCGCACGGGGGACUUGGGGAUCUACAUCUCCCGAAUCGCAGAGGGAGGGGCGGCCCACCGAGACAGCACGCUCCGCGUCGGGGACAGGGUCAUCACCAUCAAUGGUGUAGACAUGACAGAGGCCAGGCAUGACCAGGCAGUAGCGCUGCUUACCGGCACCUCCCCCACCAUCGCCCUCCUGGUGGAGCGCGACCAGGCCGAGCCGGGCACCGCAGGGGGCUCCCCGGGCCUGUCCCGCGCCCGCGCCCACUCCCCCCCGCCCCCAGAGACCUCCGACUCGCCCGAUCAGGAGGAGGGCAACGACGACUCGCCCCACGGGACCCACCUGAGCCGGCCGCUGCAGGACGAGUACCCCAUCGAGGAAGUGAUGUUGGUGAAGGCGGGCGGCCCUCUGGGACUGAGCAUCGUGGGAGGCAGCGACCAUGCCAGUCAUCCGUUCGGCAUCAGCGAGCCUGGUGUCUUCAUCUCGAAGGUGAUCCUGCAUGGCUUGGCGUGUCAGAGUGGGCUGCGGGUCGGGGACAGGAUACUGGAGGUGAACACCAUCGACCUGCGCCACGCCACCCACCAGGAGGCUGUUAAAGCCCUGCUCUCCAACAAACAGGAGAUCCGCAUGCUGGUGCGCAGAGACCCCUCACCGCCGGGGAUGCAGGAGAUAGUGAUCCAGAAGCAGACUGGAGAGAAGCUGGGCAUCAGCAUACGUGGCGGUGCCAAAGGCCACGCUGGCAACCCUUUCGACGCCACCGAUGAGGGCAUCUUCAUAUCCAAGGUGAGCUCCAGUGGUGCAGCGGCCAGAGACGGCCGUCUGCUGGUGGGCAUGCGGAUCCUGGAGGUGAGCAACCACAGCCUGCUGGGCAUGACCCACACGGAGGCCGUGCGCGUUCUCCGCGCCGUGGGAGACACACUGUUCAUGCUGGUGUGUGACGGCUUCGACCCAGGCAACGCUGCCGCCAUAGAGGCGUCGCCGGGCAUCAUUGCCAACCCCUUUGCGGCGGGCAUCGUGCGUAAGAACAGCAUGGAGAGCAUCUCCUCUAUAGACCGAGACCUGAGUCCUGAGGAGAUGGACAUCCUACAGAAGGAGGUGGAGGUAGCGCGAGAGACGUCCCAGUGGGAGAGAGAAGAGGUGAACCUGGGCACUGGACCUCUGAAUCUGGACUACCGGACGCUGGCCGCACUGCCCACCACCGCUCUGCAGAAGGUCAACAGGGCACCCUCCACUGAGCCCCCCAGGACAGACAGUCCCAUUAGAGAUGCCCCCUACUCACCUAGCACACAACCGGCAAGCAUUCAUUUCCCCCCCACUGCACUGCCUGCCAAGAAUAACUCGCCAUUGAGUCCCUAUGAGACGAGGCCGGGUUCCAUCCAGCCACUCUCCCGUGGUGGCGGGCGGCCAAGCACCUCGCCAGGCACUCCGGACGGGCACAGCAGAGACGGGCACAGCAGUCCCAACCCCUUCCAGCAUGGCCCCUCCCCCAUCAACUCCCAGACCUCUGACCUGUAUGGCCAGAGGAACAACGUCCACUCCAACCUGCCUUCUCCUUCUCCAGAGCCUGAGCUGAACAACGAGGUGUUUGAGGAUAAGGUAGAGGGGGACGGAGGACUAGGUGGAGGUCUGGCAGCCCCCGUCUCUCCCCGACCCUCCCUCUCCUCUGACCGUCGGGACUAUAUGAGUCUGGCAGCAGUGCCACGCCUCUCCAGAGCCUCAAUGGACAUGGUUGUAAAGACUCCAUCUCCUGGGGGCAGAGACAGCCCAGAGCAGCGCUCCUUCAGGGACAGACAGAAAUACUUUGAGAUCGACAUGAAGCAGCAGACGCCUGACAGCAAGCCCAAAGGCCGUGUGUCCCUGGUGGGAGCAGAUGACCUAAAGAAGAUGAGGGAGGAGGAAGAGAGGAGAUUCGAGCAGCGGGCGCGGGAGUACCUGAUGGAUGACGAUGAUGAGGAGGAGGACGACCUGGUGAAGCAGAUGGGAGUGUUGAAGGCCACGGGCAAGGUGUUGCUGGACGGGGUGGAGUACAAGGUGGAGCCUGUGGCCACGCCCCCCAGGCACUAUAACACGCCCCCCAGCUACAGCGCCACGCCCCCUAGCUACUGUGGCAGCUCAGGGGCCUCGUCAGUGGAUGGUAAAGGAGACUCCCAGAGGAAUUCCUUAGAGGAGAGCUUCAGGUUAGAUCAGCAGCGGCCCAACUCCAUGACUGGUCUGAUCCCAGUGUACCCUGGAGAGUCGGGGGCUCCCAUCCGGACGGCCAAGGCAGAGCGGAGGCAACAGGAGCGGCUGAGGAUGCAGAGUCCAGAGCUGGCCCCGGCCGGAGACAAGGACCUGUCCCCCGCCGAGAAACGGGCUCUGGAGGCCGAGAAGAGAGCCAUGUGGAGGGCAGCAAGGAUGAAGUCUCUGGAGCAGGAUGCUCUGAAGGCUCAGAUGGUCAUCGCUAAGUCUCGGGAGGGAAAGAAGCGUGGCACACUAGACCAGCUGGCCGAGUCACCCUCGCCCGCCCCCACGCCAUCCCCCACCCCUCUGGAAGAUUUCAGUCCCAGAGGAGUGACGUCACCAGGCAGACUGUCCCUGUCGGAAAAGAAGUUUGACUACCGACAGUUUGCUGCCAUUCCUUCUUCCAAACCCGUAUACGACAUCCAGUCCCCUGACAUGGUCGACGACUUUCAGUUCAUUGACGACGGCUCCAGUAACCCCGUGCCCGCUGAGGUGCCCACUGCCACCUCAACGCUGGAGGAGAUGGCCCUCUACAGAAACAAGCGCAAGCUGAGGCAGGGCCGCCGCAGCCUGGAGACCGCCGUGCCCACAUAACACCUCACACACACCUACCGCAGGAGAUUCGGGUGUGAUACACACACACACAGAGGUGGCGCUGGGUCACUAUACACUACACACACACACACACACACACACACAAGUUUGGGAGAUGCGUCCCAUGUAACCACUGCAGAGACUAUGAUGCUGAUAAUCAACAAACACACAUACCAUGUCAUGUCCUGCGUGCCAGUCUUGCCUUGACAGUCUGAGGAUGAGUUGGCAUGAACACAAGGCCCAACGUUCCCGAUACCAGGGAGGAGGAGGGCCUGUGAGGCUAGCAUUACGUUUCAGUUUUCCUUUUUAUUUGGGUUAUUUUUCUUCAGUUUGCGUUUUAGAAGCUGAAUUAUAUUAACAGGCGACUUAUGUUUUUAUUUUUGCGCCUCUGAUUUUUUGCAGUUUUAAAAGAAAAAUGUGUUCUGGAAGAGCAAUGGGGGGGGGAAAUGAAAUGUGUAGCUGUAAUACUAACUUUUCAGAUGCUAUUUUGGAGGUUUUCAGUGAAUAGAUUGUGAAAUGUCAGGGUUUUUAGCGGGCUUUAGGGAGGGGGAGUGUAUAUAUUGUAGGAGGUGGGAACAUACUGCUACCUUCACUGCCACGUGUGCAAUGCAUUUUAAACACUACGUACAUAUCUCGAUUGCACUGCCGCACUGCUUAGAAAACAUUUUAAUCUUUUUAAAUAAUUUAUUUUGCUUGUGUUUUAUUACUCUAAUCUAAACCCUCCCCUGUAAUACAUUGUUGUUAAUCCCUGUACAACCAAACAAUGGUGCGGUGCAUAGCUUUUUAUUUAUCCCUAAUGACAUCAAAGCAUAUGAUAUCAUAUUCAUAUUAUUCAUAAUAAUCUUAUGAGGCAACCGCCAUUCUUUUUUUCACAUUUUUUUUUUCAUUCUCAACUCGCUUUUUUGGGGGGGACAAUGAAUACAUUUGUUUUCACUUUGUUGCUGCACCGGCCUAAACCAGGUUCUGACUGAUGAAACGUCCCUAAUGUAGCAUGGUACAUGUACAGGCUGUCACAUACUCUUGUAGGGAAACGGAUCUCAGUACAGUUUGUGAUAUCAGUGGACCAGAGUAAAGGAGCUCCAACUGUCCUAGACCAGGUUUAUGAGAGUUUGUCAGAAUCCCAUUCUAGAGAAUGUAACUACACUGGAGAGACCAGCAGACAUGCAUAUAUUGACAGAAAUCUGAUGAGCCUCUAGUCCUAAUUCAAAAUGGCUGUCAAUUUGUGAACAUAAACUCAGUUUCAGCUUCAUCUCCAUUGACAUUAUACGGUACUUUCCCAGCCCUUUUUGGGAACAUAAUUUGUCAAUGUGAAUCUCACUCAUAUCUUUCAUAUCUGGAUGGUAUUCCAGAUUUGGCAGGUGAAGGUAGCAGGUGUUUGCUUAUUUUUGUAUCGGUCUUUGGUUAAUUUAAAUCUGACGCCACUGAAAAUCCUUUAUCAUUGUGUGAAUAAUGUACAAAAUACUAAAAGGAAAGCAAAACUUAACGGUCGGAACUGAGCCAGUCUACUAAGUCACGACCAAGCAAGUGUCUGGACUGGGGAGCUCUCUCUCUCACUCUUGCUCGCUCUCUCACUCUUGCUCUCUCUCUCUCUCGCUCUCUUUUUCUCUCGCUCUCUCUGCAUGUAUAUUGGCUUUACUGUGAGAACCUGUAGAGGCAGAAAACAUUUUGUUAAUCCCUCUUGAAAUCUCAUUCGACCAUCAUUCUCAAUCUGUCUUUUCUCUGCUUUACCUGCUGCUGUCAGUGGAUGUUAUCUGAUUGCAGCAUUGUUGGAGAAGUGCAUUUUAAUCAUAGCUUUCUGUGUAGCUCUCCCUGACUGAAAUUCAGUUAGGUUGAUAACAUUUGCAAUUGGCUGAUUUUCUUAGUAGGUAAAACUUUCCAGACAAUGGGAUUCACUACAUUUUUAAGGCAGAACUGUUUGAUCUUUUUUUUGGUUACUCUCUUCUUGAAUUCUCUUGGGGCUGUUGUUUUUCCAAAUGGGUCAGAGGAGAAGGGCAGAAGUGCUGGGGUCAAGAGUUAGAGCUCAUCCAAGACUGUAACUAGUGAAUUUGUACAACCAAAGAAGUCUAUUUUGUCGUUCAGGAACAAUAAAAUUUACUUUUCAUUUAACAAGCUGA